CUCCCCUUCUCGCUCUCUCUUUUUCUCUCACUGUCAUAGCCUCUUCUCACUGCCAGUCAUUGUUUUUGUCCCAGUGAGAUUGUGAGCUCCUCUCUUCAAUUCUUUCUCUCGAACUCUCCUGUUGUCGGUUUGGUGUUGGGUGGUUGUGACCCCUCUAUUAUGCCAUGGGAGACCCUGUGCCUUUCUCCAUCCUGAACGAGAGACUGAGACCACAGUUGACUGCCAUGGAACAACUCUGCUACUCCCUGCACACCCUGGAAGAUGGACACCAGCUGCCUGGCAUUGUCAGUGGCAGUUCAACCACACGGUCUACAACACUGAGAGAUGAAAUACAAACACAGGAUGAUUCAAGCUCGACCACGACCGAACCAGAGGAUGACCCAGAGAAGGAGGAUGUGGUCACAGAAAGGUUGACUUCGCUGACCGAAGAGGGGGACAACUGUCAUGAUCUGUUGACCAUGACCAGUACCUGCUUGAUGCAAUCUUUGAACGCAGAAGAUGCUGGUCCUGAUGGUUCUGGUGAGCUGAUUGUGGUCAAGGAGAGUUUGGCCAUAGAGAAUGGCGAUCCAGGUGUUUUGACCAUGGUUAGUGAGGGAGAUGGUCCUGAUGAGGUCAGUGAGGAUAAGAGCCCUUUCAGACGGAGCUACGUAGCCCGAACCUUACCGGACCUCAUCAGGAGUGGACAACAGCUCGGCAGACGCAGAACAUUAGGACCAGUGUCCGACACGUUGAAGGAAGUGCGUCGGGAGGUGGCGCUGUCAGUGAGACGCAGUCUGAGGCUGAAGGCUCAGGUGGACAAACUACAGGAGAACAGAGACGAACCGGGAUGGAUCCAACACAGGGAGAAGGUUACAGAGGAGGUUCAGUCCGUUCUGAGGUUGUUGCUUCCUCUGACAGAAGCAGAGUCCAGCACAGUAGAACCAUCUGUUCAGGACAACAGUCUGGAUACAGCGCUGGUCCUGCUGCAGAACGUCGCACGCAAACUAGCUCUCAGCCACACAGCACAGGAUGCCCAGUUCUGGGUUAAGAAAGGGAAUGGUAUGGAUGACAGUGUUGUUCUACAACAGGCACUACGGGACAGAGACGAUGCCAUGGACAAGAAGAAGGCCAUGGAGGCGGAGCUUCUCCGCAGUAAGACAGAGAUGAUGUUACUGAACAACCAGCUGUUGGAGGCUGUGCAGAAACGACUGGAGCUCUCACUGGAACUAGAGGCCUGGAAGGACGACAUCCAGAGGAUCCUGCAGCAGCAGCUCCAGAGCCAGCAGGCAGCAGAACAAGCCCAGAGGAAACCCUCCCGUCUGGGGCUGCUGAGGAGAACUAAAGAACCCGCACACCAGAGGCCAGCCUCCACCCCUGCCCUACAACGCACCCCUGUUACCUGGAGGGACAGGCUGAAGAGGGGGAAGACGGGUCACCAUGGUGACCAGGAUGCAGCGCAGGCGUCACCGGUGUCGCGGUCGUCGAGUAGCAGCAGCAGACUGGAGGGGUUUCAUACCAUAGACUUAUAAUACAACAUGAAAGGGACAAAUCAUUGCUACUUUAUACAUUUUUCAAACUGUUGAUUCCUACUGGGAGAGAUACAUGGAUUACACACAUUCAUAGUACAUUUGGGUUGUAGUCUCUCCAACUGUAAUCAUUCAUUUAACUAUAAACGCGUGUCUUUGAUUAAAGUAAUUGAAACGUC